AUAUGGAGCGAGUGGAAGAUUAGGAGCGUGCACCGCGCGGCAAGCAGACCCUGAUGCUUUAGUUCUCAGGAGGAACUGCAUGUGAUAUAUGUUGGGGAAAGGAGGAAAACGGAAAUUUGAUGAGCAUGAAGAUGGGCUGGAAGGCAAAGUGGUGUCUCCUACCGAUGGUCCAUCUAAGGUGUCUUACACCUUACAGCGCCAGACUAUCUUCAACAUUUCCCUUAUGAAACUUUAUAACCACAGGCCCUUAACAGAGCCGAGCCUGCAAAAGACUGUUUUAAUUAACAACAUGUUGAGGCGGAUCCAAGAGGAGCUCAAACAGGAAGGCAGCUUGAGGCCUAUGUUCCUCACCCCAUCACAGCCUACAGAUCCUCUUGGAGACAACUUUCGAGAAGCUCAGCCUGCCUUUAGCCAUCUGGCCUCUCCGCCAGUCCACCCCACUGACUUAGCAAGCCCUACACCACUGGAGUCUUGCCUCACCCCUGCCUCUCUGCUUGAGGAUGACACUUUUUGCACUUCCCAGACUAUCUCAUUAGAUGGUCCUCCAAAAUUACCACCUCCAACGAUCCAACCAGUAAAGGACAGCUUCUCCUCAGCCUUGGAUGAAAUUGAGGAGCUCUGUCCAACACCUACCUCCGCUGAGGCAGUAGUAACUACAGCAGCAGCAGAUACAACUGCACCAGAUAACUCUAAAGAGAAUUCCAGUGAAUCCAGCAUUCAAAAGCCUGAGGGUAUACAGGAAAACAGAAUGAGUGAGCCUAAACUCAUGGACUCAUUACCUGGCAAUUUUGAGAUCACAACUUCUACAGGUUUUCUUACAGACUUGACCCUGGAUGAUAUUCUCUUUGCAGACAUUGAUACGUCUAUGUAUGAUUUUGACCCUUGCACAUCCUCUACAGGGGCUGCCUCAAAAAUGGCUCCUGUCUCCGCAGAUGACCUCCUCAAAACUCUGGCACCCUACAGUACCCAGCCAGUAACCCCCAAUCAGCCUUUCAAAAUGGACCUUACAGAACUGGAUCACAUUAUGGAGGUGCUUGUUGGGUCAUAAAUCAAUAGCAACUUUUUAAACGCACCAGUAUAAAUCCUUGGUAGUAUUUUCACAAGGCCCCCCUCUCCUUCCAAACCUACCAAGAAACACAUAGACACACACAUAUAUGCACGCACGCAAAUACACACACCACUGUGCAUGCGUCUUUGCUUGUCUUUUUUUUUUUUUAAGGAUCAUACUUGUUUUUGCUUCAAGCAGAGUUGGAGUGCCUUCAUUCAUGUAUGACCACUUUUAAUGUAUUUCUGAAAGUGGUUCCUCAAGGGAGACCUGAAAUCCUAAUAUAGGAAGAAAAUGCAUAUUGUAAAACAUAAAUAUGUUUGACAAAAAAAUGUAAAAGCUAAGCACAAGGAUUAUGUUGGGAAAAAGCUGUAAAUUGCAUGUGCAUAUUUGUCUAUUUUUUCUAUAAGUUUUAUUGCAAGAGGUUAAAAUAUUAUUUAGAUAAUUGCUGUACCUUUUUGGCAUUUUAGCACUGUCUAGGUUGACUUAGCAAUCCAGCCUUUUUAGAGGUAUUAAUGAUUCCUCUUUAAAUGUUGCAUUUACAUGGCUCUUUAGAAACUGCUACCCAAAUUUAUUUUAUAUUUUUGUAUAGAUUCUGCAAUUUAUGAUAUUGGGUUUUUUUCUUAGAAAAAAGGAAAAGAAACAAAACAAAAUGCUGUUUGUACUCACAUACACACAAAAAAGGAAAUAGUUAUUUUGGUAGGAUUUGCUCACCCCAUUCCUGCAUAUACCUUCUGAUGUACAAGAACUGCUUGUAGUUUUAUACAGACUUGUAGUGUUUUAUAUGCAUAUAAUGGUGCAAAGAGAAGUUUGGAUCAAAUCAGUCUGCAGCUGGCCUCCCUGAAUCCAGACACCAUGCUUGAAGGAAAAGACCAAGGGCUCUUCCCUUAAAAGUUUCACAGAUAUUUACUCCCUGCUGCCUACUACUGUGAUUAACAAAAACCUUAGAGCCAUGUAUAUUCCAACACUGAUGUCAAACAGUUGGCAAGAAAUAGCUGUGAAACUUUAUUCUGAUGAAACUCCCUUGUUCUCCCUUCCCUCACUCCAAAAGGAUCAAGAAAUAAAAAUAUAUUUCCUCAAACCAAGCUUUUUUAAAAUGUGCAAAACAGAUUCCAUCCUUCGUCUGACAGAGUAGAGUGUCCUUAAGUCUGUUGAGCUCAACCUUCUCAUAUUUUACAGCUUUCCUGGUGGGAAAGUUGUGUUCCUGGAAAUAUAUUUCUUUUCAGUAAGUGCAGUUGACAGAGUGCACAGUUGACAGAGUGCCCCCGUUCAGAUUCAAACAGUACAAAUGGGUGAGCUUUGGUAUACUUUGCUCUGUCUUGAGGUAUUACCAUAGUAAUGACAUCUAGUUUUAGAGCGUCACAAUUGAGACACUUGCCAGUUUUAAGGAGAAGCAUGUUGUGUCUAUAGCAGAUUAUUUUGUUUAAUUAUUUUGGAUUUUUAUUUUGUUUAAAGCCUGAAAGUAAGUUGCAUUGAAAUCAGUGGAGAUUCCUUCCAAGAAACUGAGUUUAGGAACAGGAGUGGAAAAAGGCCUUUUGUCUCUGUAACAGUAUAAUUCUAAUGUAACCUUAUUUCUUCUAAUCAUUCUUAUGAUGAUUCUUGCCCUUUGCUUGGAACAUUAAUAUUCUUAUUCACUCUGUUGGCAAGUGCUGAAAAAAAAAUCUAACUUCAGUAUUACUGCAGUGAAAUCAUCUCUUAUCAGCACUGGAUGGACUCACUCAAGUAUCCAUUGCUCUUAAAACUGGAGCUAGUUGUGCUUUGAACACUUAGUAUCUUUUGAGGGGGUUGGUUUCUUGAUUCCACUCUGUUCCUUGCUUUAUACUUUAUAUGGCCUGUUUGACAAUGUAUUGAAACUGCAAUCUUCUAUGCAUGUUUCCUCCCCACUUAAGUCGUCUCAUUUCUGCACCUGUUGCAAUUUUUCUCUCUCUGUUCAUUGUGAUGUACAUUUGUGUUAAAGAAAACUUGCAAUGUUUUCAUGCCUGUUGCCGAGAUUGCUAUGGCAUAUUAAUUUUAAAUGGUACUUAAUUGAGUGCAAGUUACAAACUAUACUGUUGAUAUGCAUAUGGCUUCUUUAGGAAUAACGUUUAUAUUUAUUUAAGAAAAUUUAAAUUAUGUUUAUGUAAUUUGGCAAUAUUCAGUUGGUUCUGCUUACUUCUUGUCAUGGAUUUUUUAAAAAUUGGGUCUUUCCUGCCUUUAAGAUGGCAGCUUUAUAAACUGGCACUUUAGAAUGGGCCAUAUAUAUUUAUUUAAAAUGCAUGUAAUUUAUUAUAUAUAAUGCACACACCACAACUUUUUCAUUUGUGUCCAAACUACCUGGGUAAUUAGAGUGCUACAUGCCUAUACUAAAUUUGCCAUGUCAAAUUAUCAACUAAAUUCUAAUACAUUAAUCAUAUUUUGCUAUCUUUUUUUGAAAAGUUUAUUUCAUUCAAAUAACAAUAUAGUUAUAAUUUGAAGUUGCUCAUCUUUAUAAGCAAGCAUAUUUUCCCCAAUUAUCCUGUUGUGGGGAAGGAAAAAGAGAGCUGGCAUAUUCAAAAAAUUUAAUUAGAAGUUAUUACAACUGAUUUAGAUUACAAAAUGCCCUGAACAAGGAUCUCUUCUCUUUUGUUAGUUUGGUAAUCACUAGGAAUAUGGCUGAUAUUGUAUAAAAUAAUACUGAAUUGCAAUUUCAUUAGGAAUUUGUGGAUUUGAGAAGAUUAGGUCUUUCAAAUCUGGGCUGCAGAAAUCCAAAAUACCACCAAAUUGUAGCAAAAACACACACACACACAUGCUUUCACCAUUUGGUUGUCCAGAUCUCUGCAGAACUAGCCAGAUGUGGUAGAAAAGAUGAAAUAAGAUAGUUACUGAUGUGUUACUAGCCAACUGGGAUAAUCUUGGGUGCAGAUAUGUGCAAUGCUAGAAAACACUCAAUUUAGUUUUAAUCAGAGUGGCAGCAUCCCAAGCCUUUGCUGGAACAGUCUAGGUUUAGAUUAAAAUUAAAAUAUCAAGGAAAAAAAAAUAAACAAACAACAUUGUCAUUACCAUUACCAUUGUCAAAAUCUGAUUUUACACAUAAUCCAGAAACAAUACUUUCCUUUUUGGAUGAGGUAAUGGAGUACGUAAACAAGUACCACAUGUUGGGCAGAAGUUCAAAUUAAUACCAUUUUAGAGAGGAAUAGUAGGUUUUCCAAAUGCUAACCUUGCCCUAAAAACAAAGCCAUUUGAAAUGUUGAGCAGAAACCAGUCCUGAUUGCAACAUUCUCUGAUGCAAAUGAGUACGAUUGUGGCAGAUAGUGCAUCCACCCCAUAGAAUUAGACACCCAAGUAUGAUGAGUGGCCUCACAGAAAAACCAAUUUAAAUAUUUCUGUCUCUGUAAUAUAACCUCCUCCCUUAAAGGAUUAGAUUUUACCAGACUACAAAUUCCUCUUUUCCACACUCUCCAAAUUCCAUCUUGAAUGCUGGGGACAUUUUUGAUGACACAAAAUGUGCAAUGAAGUGACAAGAAGAGAGCAGAAUUAAAAAGAGCUGUUUGAAUUUGAAGUGAUUUUUUUUUCCAUUUUGUUUUUCAUAAGUUAUUUAUUCCAUUUUAUUUUUCUUUUGUAAAUAUAUUUAUUUUAUUGUGAAGCUAACAACAUCUGGAUUGUAACAUGUACAGAAUGUAUGGUAGGAAUGUAUUCUCUUGUAGGAAUGUGAAAUCUAUACAAGAGGGAACUGAAAGUUAGAUUUGGAGAUUAUUAUCUGGGUUCUGUUCAGAAUACAUGUCAUUCAUCAGAUCUCUCUCCCGUCUCUCCUGCUUUUCUCUACUGAGAGUCACUUUGAUUCUGUAGGACGUGCAAAAAAAAAAAAGAAUUAUAAACUUGAUUAUACAAAUCAAACUUUUGGUAUCACUGGGUAUUUCAAAUGGGCCAGAUACUAGUUCAAACAGCCAAAUACAGCUUUGGUUUCAGUGAGACUUUGUUGUGUAAGGUCUACUCAGGAGUAAGUCCUGAGUUUAAUUAAACUUACUCCUGAAUAAGCAUGUGCAGAAUUUCAGUCUUAAAAGGCCUAAAAUGAUAUAUUCUCACUCUGGUACCUGGAACUGAAUAAGGAUGCAAGUUAGCCUGAAGUAUAUGUUUGCUGAUGAAUAAAGGAAGAGUGUUUAAGAUUCCUCUUCCAUCAAAGUUGCACAGAAGCAGCGUGCACCACAUUAUUCAUCCUAGAGAGAUUGGGCAGAGCAAGCUGGCUACUUGCAAUGGAAGAUGAUGUAAAGCAGCUUUCCGACCGAAAAGUUCAAUUGCUUUGGCAACCUGAGCCAUCACAAUCACAGCAAUCUGUGUGCCCCCCCCCCCCACUUGAGUUUCAGUUUGAGCUGCUAGUGCUUAAAACUGGGAAAUUUUAAGCGGGAAAAGGGGGUGCCAAAAUCAAUUAACCAACUUAAGGUAAGAUUAGCCUUUACUUUACACAUAAGUGUGCCUUUUCUUCUGCAGAGAGAGUGUAAAGUGGCAUAACACAACCUAUUUCAAAAAUGCAUAUUUAUAACUUGUCCCUCUAUUGCUUCAGAUGAUUAUGCAUAAGUAGUUGUUUAAAGAGCACUGUUGAAAAUGACCUGUUGUAGAUCAAAUAUGGUGAAUAUACAGUGCACUAUUGUGUAUUGGAUACACCUGUAUCCAGUAGCAUUUCCUGAUGAGACUUCUCAGGAGAAAACAAAGCAAUGCAGAAAACAAUAGUGGGAGAAGGAAAGUGUGGAAUUCCAUGACAAAGUUGAUUUAAGGAGAUACCACAUAGUAGGUGUAGUAAGCCAUGCUGAAAGCUAACAGGUUUUGUGGAAGGCUUUCCUAUUGGUUUCCAAGAGAGAUCCUUGUUUCCAUUUUUUAAGACAUUUUCGUCAACAGAGAGGCAAAUCUGAUCAUAUAACCUCCAACCUUCCUAGGGAAGUGUUUUUAGACAAGUGCAAACAGACCUUAAGACCCUGGGCAAAAUGCUACAGUUUGAAGCAUUCUGUGAGGGGAGUCAUUUUAGUGUCUUGGGUGGAGUGAAGAAUAUUUGAUAGGCUGGAUGAACUGUGAGUCAAAGGCCCAGAUUCACAUCUCCCACCCUUCUUCAGAACAUCAACUGUGCUGGGAAACAAGGUGAAGGUCCAGCCUGGGCUUGGCUCCAGAGAGCAGAGUCUAAGCAGGCAAUGUUUAGGAUUCUCGGACAGAAUUGUGGGCACUUUGUAGACCGUGCCAAAGAAAGUGCCCUGAAGUCCCUCUUCCUCCCAGUUACUUGCAAGAGAGAGACUUGCACAUGGGAACUGUUGCCACCAACAUUACUCUUCCUGCUAGUUGCUCUGCUUUACAUUAAGAGACAGAAUUAAGGCUGCUUUUUCAGAGAGGCCAGGAUGAGAAUAAAUUGUACCAUAUGAUUUCCCCCCCCCCAAAAAAAAAUUGUCUUGUGGAACCUGACCCGUGAAUCUAAAGUUUACAGUUCGAUACCAACCAUGAGCAAAUGGGCGUGCACCCUCCUAAAAUGGCUCAUUGGAUCUAGAAUGUGAUUGUUAGAAAAAGAAAAUCCAAGACCUUGCUUUUAUUAAUAUGCUUAUAAUGUGUCUGAAUUAUUUUUUUGGGGGGGGGGCUUCCACUCAUUUUAUAGUCUUUUUUUUUUUCAAUGUUAAAAAUCAUUCUAAUGCUAACUUUGGGCUUUUUUUUUUGUAAGUUAAAACCUUGCAG